AUGCCUCCUCUUGUAGGGAAAUCCACCGCAAAGGUCAAGCGGGUCCCAGGACGCAGGACUCGGUCGUUUGGGGGUUGCGUUACCUGUCGCAGUCGUCGUGUGAAAUGCGAUGAAGGACGUCCCGGCUGUUCUAUGUGCAAGAUCUCAGGUCUCGACUGUGGAGGCUAUAGCAAAGACAUCUUCUUCGACUUUGAUGAUCCCUCGUCGACGGGGGUCGCUCGAUUUCGAAGACCAUUGUUGACGGAACAAGAACGAGAGCGUUUGAGCGAACAGAUUGCGCAAGACGUUCCACCAGAAUUAGCAGGUUGGCAUCUUUCUCAGCUUGACGAAGAAUGCGAAAAGACGUCUACGGACCUUCAGAUUUCAAGAGGACCCUUUGGAGCUUUCCGCAUUACGCAACAGUUGCCUUCAGACUCUCUGAGUACGUUGGACGACAUAGGUGAGGACGUAAUAGAAGUUCCAGAGAUUCACGCUGUUGAAGAAGAAGAUCAGUUACUACUUCCCGACUUCGGCGACGACGUGGAGGUCAUCACCUCAACACUAGACUUUGCGACUGGAACGACUCAUCGAGAUGCUGAGCAUCAAAUAUCGGGUCAAGACAACGCGCUCGUCCCUCGUACAGAUUGGUUGAAGACACUGGAAAGUCUCCCUGUGACCAGCUGGCUGGACCCAGGGCACUUCGAUCUGCCCGACUGGUGGGAUCCCGUGGCCAUGGGCAUUGAAACAGCUGUGCCUUGGGUGGGUGAAUCAGCGUCUGCCCAGAAGCCUCCUUCACCAUUUGCAAGGUCUUCCACAAUUGAGCUUGGCUCUCCAAGGCUUUACCUAUCACACCUUUCGCCUAGCUCAGGCUCGGUAUCGUCCCAAGUCGACACGGACGUACCGCGUGAUGCUGUAUUACUGGUUAAACACUAUGCAACGAUUGUGCUUCGAGGCUUGACUCCAUAUCGUCACAGCAAGACGCCAUGGCACGUGCUCUUUCUCCCUCAUGUCAAAAGCUGUUUGGCAGCCUUGACACUCGGUGAGAAGAUGGACCACGCAAGCCUAUGUGCAUUUUACGGCACACUAUCUAUCAGUGCCUUUAGCCUGGGGGGCAUUCAUGGCUCCACCAAGUGGUUAGACCAAGGCACAGCAUAUUACCAAAAAGCCCACUUUCAUGUUUGUCUCAUGCUCAAGACAGCAUACGAUAUCCCCAAGACUGCCAAGUACAAGUCUAUACUCAUGGCUCUCUUGACGAUGGUCCAGAUUGCUAUACUCUCUGGCAAUCGAGAUGAGGCAGAGUACUUUUUCCUGGAAACGGAAAAGUUCAUCCGAACGAAAGGCCUGAACCGACGAAAGUCUCGUAAAGUCAGGUUGCUACAUCACUGCUACGUGUUUGAGCGGCUGUCGCACGAGAGCACUUUUACACAAAAUACACUGAACUUGGAUCAUCGAAACCGUGUUCGCGAAGCAAUAGAAGCGAGCGGUGCCAGUGCUUAUAGCCAAGAUAGCCUGUCUUUCCGACUCACUACUUGGAGUAACCUGGACCAGGAGAUACACAAGGUCAAAGGUCAGGAAGAGGGAGAAAAUGACCUUCAUCUCCAACAUCCAGGAAUAUGGUCGGCUACGCUUUAUCCUGAGAUCUUUGGCGUACCAGAGCUUCACCUCUUUAUGCUUUCGCUGGUCAUCCGCCUUGCGCGAGAGAAGGAGCAGAACCAAGAUGAACUGAUAAACUCUGGACUUACACUGAAGGAGUUUAUGGCUAGAGCAAAAGCAGUUGAGCGAUGGAUCAAGCAGCUCCAUGUGCUUCGCCAGUCCAUAUGGAUGGUCGAAGCACCUGUUGAUCCAGAACACCGACAGUCUGUCAAUCUGCUGAACAGCUUGGCCAAUACAAUGCAGCACGCACUUUCCGUGUACUUUUAUCGUAGAAUUUAUGAUCUGGAUCCAAGUAUGCUUCAGAAGCAUGUUCUUGGUGUGCGGGAUCGACUGCUUGAGUUUGAUGUAUCUGAUGCUGGAAUGGGAUACGGAUCUUUAAGGCUAAUAUGGCCUGCAUUUGUUGCAGCUUGCCGCCUCCAACGCUUUCAUGUAGAAGAAACCUCACUGUCUAUAAUACAAAGUUCUGAAAUGACGUCCUUCGAAGGAAAAGUGAUCGCUGUGACCGGCGCUGGAUCCGGCAUGGGUCUGGCCACCGCAAAGCUCCUUGCUGAGAGAGGCGCUACAAUUUCCCUUGCCGAUAUCAACGAAGAAGCACUCAAGAAAGCCAAAGCCUCGUUGCCGGGUGAUAAGCACAUCUAUCAAGUGGUAGACGUCAGCGAAAGCGACUCAGUAAACUCUUGGAUCAAAACGACCCUGGACACUUUCGGCGGGCUCCAUGGUGCUGUGAACAUGGCUGGCAUCAUCGCAGAGCCUGUGCCUCUCAGUGAGUACAGCGAUGAGGUCUGGGAUAAGAUGCUUGCAGUCAAUGCCCGCGGAGUGUUCAACUGUCUACGUGCAGAGCUCAGAGCCAUGUCCGCCGGUGCUAGCAUUGUCUCCGCCGCCAGCGUAUUUGGCCAAUUUGGUGCUCCGGGGCAUGUCGCAUACUGUGCAAGCAAGGCAGCUGUUAUCGGCCUUUCGCGUACAGCUGCGAAAGAGAAUGCUCAUAUACGAGUCAACUGCGUCUCACCUGGAUCUGUGAGUACUGCUAUGAACGAGCACGAUGAUGAAGAACAUAUUAAGUGCAGUCUUUCGGGGACUGUGCAAAAGAGAAGAGCUGAUCCGGUCGAGGUUGCUCAAGUUAUCGCGUUUUUACUCAGUGAUGAGGCAUCGUUUGUGACUGGCGCGGUAUACAAUGUUGAUGGUGGAUGGGUAUGCUGA